GCGGCCGGGCGUCCGGGCGUUCUUGGCCGCGAUGGAGGCCGCCGGCUACUACAGCAACUGCAAGAAGACGGACGGCAUCUGCGAGGGCAUCUGCGACGGCGAGCACGGUUCAAAGGCAGUUUUGAGCAUGUCGAGGCUGAAGUGCGCACUCCGGGGGUUUGAUUUAAGGGCGCUUUUGUUCCUGCUGAUCGGUCUGCCCAUCAUAAUCUUCGUCAUAUAUGUUCAUGGCCAGAAGGUCACCUAUUUCCUCCGGCCAAUCUGGGAGAAGCCCCCGGAGCCUUUCACGGUACUUCCUCACUACUACAGUGAAAAUGUUUCCAUGGCGAACCAAUGCAAGCUGCAUGGAUGGAAGGUCCGGGAGACUCCACGGCGUGUCUUUGAUGCCGUGCUUUUCAGCAAUGAGCUUGACAUUCUUGACAUCCGUUGGCAUGAGCUUGGCCCAUAUGUGACAGAAUUUGUGCUUCUCGAGUCCAACUCAACCUUCACUGGCCUAGAAAAGAAGCUCCACUUCAAGGAAAACCGCCAAAAGUUUGAGUUUGCGGAAUCACGGCUGACCUAUGGUAUGAUAGGGGGUAGGUUUGUGAAGGGGGAGAACCCGUUUGUGGAGGAGUCAUAUCAGAGAGUUGCCCUCGACCAGCUGCUAAAAAUCGCCGGAAUCACCGAUGAUGACCUGUUGAUAAUGUCUGAUGUUGAUGAGAUCCCCAGUGGCCACACAAUCAACCUGUUGAGAUGGUGCGAUGAUACCCCCGAGAUACUUCACCUCCAGCUCAAGAACUACCUCUACUCAUUUGAAUUCUUCCUUGAUGAUAAGAGCUGGAGGGCUUCGAUACACAGAUACCGAGCUGGCACGACGAGGUAUGCACAUUAUCGGCAAACAGAUGUCCUUCUGGCAGACUCAGGGUGGCAUUGCAGCUUCUGCUUUCGGUACAUAAAUGAUUUCAUCUUCAAGAUGAAAGCAUACAGCCACGUUGACAGGAUUAGAUUUAGCUACUUCCUGAACCCCAAGAGAAUUCAGCACGUGAUAUGCCAAGGGGCCGAUCUCUUUGACAUGCUUCCUGAAGAGUACACGUUCCAGGAGAUCAUCGCCAAGCUGGGACCGAUUCCAAGCACAUUUUCAGCAGUUCACCUUCCUGCCUAUCUGCUUGAGAAGGCCGACCAGUACAGAUAUCUUCUACCCGGCAACUGCAUGAGAGAAAGUGGUUAGCCUCUACGGUCUGCUUCAUGAUCUGAUGUUGUCCCCCUAGAAGAACGCCGGUUGUACCUGAUACCAUCGGAUGACUGACUAGGGUUCGAGCGAUCGCAUGCCGGGGUUGGGUUGGGUUGAGUUCUUCAUGACUGUGUACCGUGUAAUUCGAAACAUCGGAAGGCCUGCCAGCAUAGCGCAUGCUCGGUCGCUGCUGCUGCGUGCUUGUUUUUUUGCAGAGGAGCUUAGCAGUGUGUGUGCUUACCAGCUGAGUUUGUUGAUUCAUUGCUUCCAUGAUUGAUAUAGUAUGAACUCGGAGACUAUUGUAGAUUACAAACUGAAUGAUUUUUUCCUUGUUGCGCUGUGUGUUGUUGUACUACAUUGUCACUUACCAGCUGCUGGACAUGCUAUGAUAAACUCGUUCAUCCCCA